GAGAGGGUGUCGGAACUCUCCCUGGAGCCGGGAGAGGCUGCUAGGACAGGACGGUUGUGAGGAGAGAUACAGCGGGGAGGCGAUGAGCCAGAUCCCCCUCAGGAUGGCUCUUCUGCUGCUUCAGGUCUUCCCUGUUAAAUUGGCCGGCGUGGAAGCCCAGUCUCAAGAAAGAGAGGUGUGCAUCGGAGUGAACAACCAGAGUUACUUCUGUGAAACAGGACACUGUUGUGGAGAGUCACAAUGCUGUAACUACUAUUAUGAGCUUUGGUGGUUCUGGCUGGUUUGGACCAUCAUCAUCAUCCUGAGCUGUUGCUGUGUCUGUCACCAUCGGCGAGCCAAGCUCCGUCUGCAACAGCAGCAACGGCAGCGGGAGAUAAACCUCAUCGCCUACCAAGGAGCCCGGAACUACUCCUUACUCCCACUCUACCUGAGAUUUUUACCAAGUUAUUUACUCCCUCCUUAUGAAGAAGUGGUGAACAGACCAGUGACCCCUCCACCUCCCUACAGUGCCUUUCUUCAUCAGCAGUGUGUCACAGACUGUAAUAGCUCCUCAAACCCCGAACCAGCCAGGUCCCCCAACACCCCGAGUAACUCUGUGCCGACAGUCUGCGAGGUGGUGCCCGGUCAGGGCAGCACUCUAGACCUGGACUCAUCCCUGGUGUACUCCGAGAGUGGCUCGAACAAAUCUGUGACGGUGAACCAGGCGGACGAUCUGGGUCCUGCCUCCCAGCUCGAGCCCGUCCACGCGUGCUGCCUAGAGCUGGAGGAGGAGCUGAGCUGCCCCGAGAAAGAGCAACUCACUGACUAUUACCCCAGCUCUUCCUCGAAGAUUGAAAACUGGCACCACCAGGCGUGCUUGGAAAUCAAGGAUGUGGACAAGACGCCAGGGAGACACCGUAGGUUCACCGGCGAUUCCGGCAUCGAGGUCUGUGUUUGCAACAGAGACGAUGACCCCAAGGAGCUGGAUGGUCUGAUUGACGGUUUGGGGGGUGCGAUGGAGUUCUGUGACAGCUGUAACUUGUGUGAAUCAUGUCCCCGAGCGGACAUGAGGGAGGAAGGCCUUGCUGAAGCGCACGAGCAACAGGAUUGCAAGGAGCAGCACGUUCCAGACAUGGUCGCAGAGGAACCGGUCUGUCUUCUGCUGGACACCAUCAAUGAGAACGAGUUGCUCCAAGCUCAUCAGCACCACGACUCCCAAACCUAACGGCAGCUUGCCCCAUCAGCUGCACGAUUCGAUAUCUGUGCUCAAGGACUCCUCGGACUCCCUUCUCAUUGAGCUUCGAAGCCAUCCUGGUAUCAGCAUGUACCUGGGAGAGGUGGGGGGAGAGAGAGAGAGAGACAACAAUAGACAGUUGAUGCCAGACUGGGUGGUGGUAUGAAGCAGAGACUGUGCUGGCAACAUUGCACAAAGAGCAAUUGGUCAGGCUAGCUCCACGGCUAGCAUUCUGUGGUGGUUAACGUUGACCUGUCAUAUUGUAGUAUAGAUGCAAUUUUGGCGUCAACUGGAAUUUUGUAUUCAAAAUUUAAUUUUUAAUCAAAACCUAUUUGCAUGGGAUCAUGGCCCUACAUUCAUCUUAUCAGGUGGGAAGACCACUUUAUUUUUCUUUACCUGUGUCCAUUAAGAGAGACCACUAUUUGGGAUUGAAAUUUGGGAUAGAAUAAAACUGAAGACUUUAGUCCUGGCACAUGGGUGUGCUUUUGAAUAGCAGGAGUAAGGGGGUGGGGGGGUGGCUUCUCUCUUAUGGGACUGUGAAUACUGGCUUUAAAAUGUCUACAGGGCACCUUUCCGCAUUGUUUAUCUCUGUCUCGACAAAAGCACAAGUUGCAUUGUUUUGGUUACUAAGGCUUUGACUUUUUUUGACAUUUGCAAUGCGUAUGAAGAUUCAGGAUGUGCGGCGAGAUACGAUGAUCAAAUCACCUGCAGAGGCCGACACCGUGACAAACCACAACAAAAAGCCAUAACUGGGUUGGAUAUGCAGUCUUUCCUUGCCCUGAUUCUGUAAUGGUGAAUUUAAUGUGCACAGUAAAAACUGAAAGAGCUGCGGAUGCUGUGAAUCAGAAACAAAAACAAAAGUUGCUGGAAAAGCUCAGCAGGUCUGGCAGCAUCUGUGCAGAGAAAUCAGAGUUAACAUUUCAGGUCCAGUGACCCUUCCUCAGAACUGAUGGUAGCUGGGAAAAUCUGGAUAGUGUCUGACUGGUGUGGUUGCUGUUGCUGGCAAUGACUUUUCCCAAGUGAAACAAAGUUAGUUCUGAUUAGUUAUGCGCUGUUUAAUUUGGUGUGCGUUAACAUUUGUGAUAGACUCGGAUCUGCUGUGCAAGUCAGAAUAGUCACUCUCUCUCGCUCACCAGAGCUUCUCCUCCACCAGUGCUAUGUCUCCAAUUCAUAUAAUAGCACAAAUGAAUUUCCUUUCUGUGUGUUCUGUGCAGCAAGUUCACAAAUUUGUAUAUCUGAAGCCUUUGUAUCUUCUACAUAGUGCACAGAUUAAGACCACUGCGUGUGUGUGUUUGUGUGUAUCUGUGAAAACAAAUCGAGAUUUAUAUGUGUGUGUGUGUGUAUGUAUUGCCUUCCAUGACCUCAGGGUAUUCCAAAGCGCUUUACAACCAAUGAAUUACUUUUGAAGUGUAGUCACUGUACUGUUAGGAAUUGAGGCAACCAAAUUUGCCCAAUCAGCAAUCUUUUAACAAGCAGCAAUAAGGUAAAAGAAGUGUUUUAGAUGUUGGUUGAGGGAAAAACUUUUUGGCCAGUAACUGGACCGACUGUUGCUUUUUGAAUGGCAAAGUGGAACAUUUCGUGCCCAACAGCAUGGGCGGACAUGACCUCAGUUUAAUGUCUGAAUGACCACAGCGCUGGGCUACACUGAAGUAUAAGUAGAACAAUGUUAGGUGAGUUACAGAUUGAUUGAUUGUGUGUGCAUACACGCACACCCUGUGUUGGCUGUGCACAGCAAAAUGCCAAACCUGUUACCAGGGCCCAAGCCCAACUCUGAUUCAUCCCUAGCCAUCUCCCUACGUCACUGUAAGAUACAAGCCAGGUUUCCUCCCUCCCUUCCAUUUCUUUGUCCCCACCACACCCUGGUACUUAUGUGGGUUUGAAUCUGGUAUUAGAUCAUGGUGAGCUGUAGAUUUGUGGAUGGUGAACGAGUCAUUUAUUCAGGGUGUUGCCUCAACACCUCUGGAAUGACUGCCUCAUCUGUUGUUAAAUACUGGAACAGUCCAACAUACCAGGCAGUUCUUGACUGAUUCAGAACUGGGUGCAGGCAGUAAAUAACCCCAGUGAGGUCACUGUUGGACAGGAGGUAGCCAUUUAUAAUGGGCAACAUGAGUUGUGUAACAUGAAAGUGGAAGAUGGAAAGGUAGUCUUACUAUAAGCAAGUAAAGUUUUAGAAAUGAACCAAGGAACAUGCAGCACAUGAGUUCGAUCAAGCUCACAUUAGCUCCGCACUUGCAGGGCUGCCUAUGAGGCCUGGACCUAGAUGGGUUUCAAUAUUGGCAGCAGGCUCUGCUCAAGUGAAACUCGAUUUUGUUUGGGUUGGGGGAGGGGGUGGCAUUGUUUGUUUAGGGGUGUGGGUAGAUGCAGACAAACUGCACUACGUUCGGUUCCACACCGACAGGGUCAGGGAAACUGUCGGAGAAGGACUGUGGGAUUUCCAGAUCCAUUCGCACGAUUAGUUUAGGUUUUUUUAAAUGGAGUAAGGAAGGGGAAAUCUCUGUGACACAUUAACUGGGAAAGCAUGGACUUAAAAUUAGAUCUGUUUUGAUUUGGCGACUCUUUUUAAAUUUAAAUACAAAAGUGGCAAUACCUUGAUAUACAGACUUCUGAAAGAAAACAAAAGUCAUUUCUUAUGAACUGCAGGGAAUUUUAUGCAGUUGUAUAUUACGCUGGGCUGGCCUGGUCUGGUCUUAAAGCGAUCCAUUGAAGACCUGCUCCAUGAAGUACCAACUGCAUUAACUUGGUUUUACCAUUCAAUGUAAUUUUUCCAGUAGAUAUUUUAAUGGUUUAUUUUUUUUUUUAAAAAGCCAUAGUGUCUUCUGAUCUCAUGCUCAUUGUUUUCCUUUCAAGAAUGUUGCCAAAUUACUGUGAGGACUUAAUUUGUUAUCACUCCACACCCCCUCAAACUAGAACUCUUGCAGUAAGAAUCUGUCAGCUGUGUGCAGUUCACCAUGGGCUGGCGUGGAAUGGAGAGAGAGAGAGACCGGAAUUAGCUAAGUUGCUCUUGAGAGAACCUCCAGGACACGAUGGGCUGAAUACCCUCUUUAUGUAGCCGCUCUGUUUCUACAAAAUGUCGCAUCUCAACAACUCACCCGAUCACCCUGAGUUGCAGCAAGGCAUCAUCCAACAGAGAUGGACCACAGACAGCAAACGAUGAUCCUUGUGUGUCCGGGCAGUGUUCACAGCACGCGUUAUCACUCUAGCGAGAAGCAGCAGCUCAUCAUCCCUGUGAAGUCAAUACCACUCGGUCUGUCGGUGACUUUACCAAGGUGAUAAUUAUUCAAACAGUUUCAAAUAAAAAUAAAAGAUAUAUAAUAA